AUGGACAAGGGAGCUUCUCUGCACAUGCUGCAAAUAAUCGGUCUCUAUGCUGCCCAAUGCCUCAUACCCGCGAUCCUCUUGAUUGCAACACCAAAAGGAUCGAUCCUGAGAUAUUUCUCGAUUCCAUGCUCCGUGUUUAUUACAUACUAUGCUAUACCAGUGGCUACAGCGCUCGGCCCGGGAUUCGUCUGGUGCGAAUGCGGUCGCCUAUUGUUGACUGUAGUCUUCCAAUGUCUACAUCUGCUGCUGAUCAACCCGAAAGACAGUGGAGAUCUGCCAACUGAAGGUCGCCAAAAUUUGGCAGCUCGACUCUACACUGCGACCCGCCUCUUUACUGACCCUCGGGGAAUCAAUACCCCCUGGCAGAUCAAAAAUGCCCCGUCACAACCAAAAUAUUAUGAACGAUGGGACCCCAAGGAGCCUCCUCGGGCUCGGUUCCUGACUCGACAAAUAUCGAUCGUCAUAUGGCAAUACUUGACCCUAGAUAUCUUUGCUACCCUUGCUUUGCAACAGGCGUUGGAGCAAAGCGGGACUUUGCCGCCAGUGCCUCGAUGGGAUAUAUCCACUGAGCAGUGGAUUGAGCGCAUCAUAUCAAACAUCGUGGCUAGCUUUGUGGUCAGCCGGAUUCUCAUUGACUUUCACCAUCGUGUUUUCUCAAUCAUUCUUGUGGGACUUGGACUUGACUCUCCCGCGAAUUGUCCCCCAUUGUUUGGGAGAGCGCUGGAUGCUGACACUGUGCGAGGAUUUUGGGCGAAAUUCUGGCACCAGUUACUGCAACGGCCCCUGACUGCCGUGAGCGGGUUCAUCACGAAGGACUUUUUAGGCCUACCAUCUGACUCGGUAAUACGGCGAUACACCAAUGUGUUUAUAGUCUUCUUCUUCUCUGGUGGCCUGCAUGUCGUACUCGAUAUCGUGCAGGGUAUUCCGGCACAGGAGUCUGGUGCCAUGUUGUUCUUUGUCACAGCCCCCCUAGGCCUCAUGAUAGAGGACGGCAUCAAGCUCCUUUGGAAACUGGUUUCAAAAUCGAAGAAUACAAGUCGCACAGGCCCCAAACCACUCUGGCAAAGGGUUCUUGGCUUCCUGUGGUCGAUGGCUUGGCUUGGAGUUACCUCGACUGGGUUCUUUUACCCCCAAGUGGUCAGGCCACAGAACCAGGCUUUGGUCCCAUUAUCUGUGGCCAGCUAUAUAGGAUUGCCUGCACAGGCAGGAAUGGUUCUAGUUGGUGGUGCUCUGCUCGCAAAGGUGUUCGAGGUCGAGGUGUGA